UACUAAGCGAGGAAUGUAACCUAAAACUUGGGUGAGAUAAUCAUGUUUGCAGUCGGAAAACUUAUCCUCACAGCAACAUUCAUUUUUAAAACAGUUUUACUUGUUGACGGACAUGGUCUGUGUGCCAGUAGCGCACACGUGGAUCAGGAAUCGAACGCAUACUACAAAUCCUUUAAACAGCUUCAUGCUGUUGGAGUGUUACAGUGUAUCAAAGUUUGUAAGAGAUACAAUCUGUGUAAAAAAUGUCACCACAACCGUGAGCAAAUGACCUGUGACCUAUUGAUGACAUACGCUGAAAAGGGCAACGUGACGUCAUUAUUGGAUGUACAAUCGGUACAGAUGGAAAGCUCUAGCUGUUCACAUGACACUUGUUCAGAGAGUGAAGUUUGCGUCAGUAAGAGAAAUGGACACCACGUAUGCGUCGGGCAAAGUAUUUGUCCUUCAGAGGAUUGGAUACCUUUCAACCACAAGUGUUACUUGUUUGUCGGAUGUUCCAGAAGUGGAGAUGAAAGUGAGGAGUUCUGUAAAGCGAGGAAUGCCUCACCUGUAAGGAUUGACAACGCUAUGGUGAAUGAUUUCAUAAAAUCACAAAUGGCAGAGAGAG